AUGCACGAACACCUCAAUGCUUUUAAUAAACUACUUGCUGAUUUAGCAAACCUUGAUGUGGAAAUUCUUGAUGAGGAUAAGGCAUUAUGUUCGUUAAAUUCAUUGCCUGAUGAUUAUGAUAAUUUGACAACUACUUUGUUGUAUGGAAAAUCCGAGGUAAAACUUGAUGAGGUGUCUGUGGCAUUGGUGAAUCAUAAGUGUCAUAAGAAGGAACAUAAUACUCACAAUUCACAAAUCGAGGCACUUGUUGCAAGGCGGAUAAAGGAAAGAAAAUAUGGGAAACAGGGAAAAUCUCGUUCAAAGUCACGAGGGAAGUUUCCUGGUAAAGAUGAAUGUGCCUUUUGUCGCCAAAAGGGUCAUUGGAAGAAAGACUGCCCCAAAUUGAAGAACAAAGAAAAUGAGACAGUGGGUUCUGAAGCAAAUAUUGUAAAACCUGGAGAUGAUGAUUUCGAGUUUGCUUUGGCUAGUUCAUCUGCUGAUGGCCAUUCCAAGAAGUGGAUUUUGGAUUCAGUCAGAGAAUUAAGUGAUGUUCGGUAUGUGCCGGAUAUGAAGAAGAAUCUUAUUUCAUUGGGUGCUUUGGAAUCCAAGGGUCUCAAAAUCAACAUGGAGGGUGGAGUUCUUAAAGCUGUGUACGGGGCACUAGUGGUGAUGAAAGGUACAAGACGAAAUAACUUGUAUUUCUUGCAAGGGAGUACAAUUAUUGGUGGAGCAGCUGUCACUGAAGCUACUGAUGCAAAUAGCACAGACAUCACAAGGUUAUGGCAUAUGCGUCUUGGGCCUACUGGUGAAAAAGGGUUGCAAGGAUUGGUGAAGCAAGGCUUAUUGAAAGGCAUUCUAGAUUAUGUUCGCACUAAUGUUUGGGAACCUUCUAAGAAUGCAUCUUGGGGAGGUAGCCAUUAUUUUGUCUCCUUUGUUGAUGACUUUUGUAGAAGAAUAUGGGUGUACACCGAGAAGCGUAAAGAUGAAGUCUUGAAGAUAUUCCUGAAGUAG